CCUCCAUCCCACACUGUAGGGUAAUCAACUCAACUAUGUUUACAUAACGGAUGAAUUUUUAUCCGAUUUUGACUUAACUAGUGUUGUCUUAAUUAUUGUCCGAAUACUGUAGCCUGAUCUAGUUUGGCUCUUCAAAAUCUUAAUUUUUGGAACCAUGGUACACAGAUUCUUCCUGGAGUCCGACUUUAUCGCCGUGGAGGCCUUAUCCUAUUUUUUUUCGUUCUUCAGAAGUUCAGAGCGUCCCUAUCUCCUUCCCUCUGCUCUGAUUUUUCCAGCAGCCGGUUUCCCCUGAUACUCUUCCACGCUGCGCCGAUUAGCACCUGGAUAUGUUCUCCAGCGCACAACCUUAUCCUGCAGCCACCCUCGCCUGAUUCUUUCCCAGCCGCCGCUCUGGGCGAUUAAAAAUCCUGCUCACCGGCCGGAUCUCCGGCGUCGUCUGCCCCUGCUUUCCUCGGUGUCCUCCCCACAGUCGUCUCCUUCCUCUGCUCGUCGCUGAAAUUCGCCGGCCGCGAACGCCCAUGGCGCACCCCCAGUCCCUGCUUUCUCUUUGCCUCUCUCUCUUAUCCAUGGCCGCCGGUCGCUCCUUUCUGUCCCGCCCGGUGCUCUGCACUGCUCCGUCGCUUGGUCUCCGGCUCGCCGCGUGCGCAAGGUUUCUCUGGUUCAGCCGUUCUUCUUCCUCCCCCUGCGUCCCUGCUCUGCUCUGUCUGCCGCGCGCUGAGUGCCGAGGCUCCUGCUCGACCGCUCCUCUCUGGCUUCUCUCUCUCCCUCCAUCUCUCUCUGCUCACCGCGGCUCUUCCCCAAGUCUGGUGCCAUGGCGCUUGUCAGCCGCGACCUUGCCAGGCUCGGUCCCUGCUGCUGCUCGCCCAUCUCCUUCAUCUCCCUCCUCUCCAUCGUGGUGUUCCUCUCCCUGGUGCUUUUCUGUGCCGGCCGCCCUCACCUCUGCUCCUCCUGGUUGGCCGAGCAGCUCGCCCUCUCUUGUCGUGCGUCCUGCUCGCCCUCAGCUUUUCACGGAGCUCGCCCCGGCCUUAGCUCCUUGCUCGUCAUGGCUACUGUGCGCUCCCUGCUCUUGUGCCGCAUGCAGGCUUCCCUGCCGGAGUUCCGCCAUCCGCGGCCUCUGCCCUGCUUCCUUGGCUGCGUGUCCUUCUGCCGGCCAAGCUCGGCUCUGCGCUUUCCCUUUCUCUGUGCUUGUGCUCGCCGUGCCGCGAGUCACUGGCCAGCAGUCCAGCUCGCCUCCACUUCCUACGUUCCCUGCUCCAGCUCUACUGUCGCGCGCAGCUCGCCCCUGUGCAGGUGAAUCGCCCUUGGUGCUGGUCGCGUGUUCCUCGCCCGGCUCGGUCGCGACCUCGCCGUUGUUCCUCAGC